AUCUUUCGUCAUUUCCACCACCAUCUCUUCUCUCUUUUGUUUACGUCAGAUCUCCCAGAACUCAUACGUCGUCUCGGACUAUAAUCUUCCAAAAGCAGUAGCGGAAGGGAAAGAUGUGUGGCGGCGCCAUCAUCUCCGACUUCAUCCCUCCCUGCAGCCAACACCGCCGCAGCCGCCCCAACCCCAGUUCCGACUCCGACAACCUCCUAUCCGCUACAGACCUCUGGCCGGGCUCCUUCGACGACCCCCAACAUGUCCCCACCCAGGAUAAAGCGCCUCGGAAGCGGGAGCGGAAGAACCUGUACAGGGGGAUACGGCAGCGGCCGUGGGGGAAGUGGGCGGCUGAGAUCCGCGACCCGGUCAAGGGCGUCCGCGUCUGGCUCGGCACCUUCGCCACCGCCGAGGAGGCCGCCCGCGCCUACGAUCGCGAGGCCCGCCGCAUCCGCGGCAAGAAGGCCAAGGUCAACUUCCCCAACGAGCUGCAGCCCGGCGAGGUCGACCAGCACGCGCCAUUCCAGCACGUCCCCGCUAUUGUCGAACCCAAGCUGGAAGAGGCCCCGGCCAACGGGGAUGCCGAGGUGCGGAGGCUGUCGGAGGAGCUAAUGGCUUACGAGUCGUACAUGAACUUCUUUGGAAUCCCGUACAUGGAAGGCGGAGGAGAGGCUGCGGUAGAUGGAAUGGGGGCAUGUAAUCCGCCGACCUCAGCAGACAUGGAGAUGCUGUGGAGCUUUGACGACAUCCUUCCCACCUCGGGUGAUCUUUAAAUGAUCUCUAUCAUCUCUACUUCGACGGCAUUCUUCCCACCUCGGUCAAUGGUUUGUAUUGGAUAGCGAUGGUUUCAGUAACCGUCGAAAAUAAGGAACUAUAUUGUGUUUUUUUUUUCUUAUAUAUAUUACAUAACGUACGAGGUAUGCGUACAAAAUAUUUUACAGGCAAUAAAACAUAUUAAUUUUUCA